AUGACAGCACUGCCCGACUUCGGUCUCAACACAGACGACAUUCGAUAUUUCAAAAUGGAUUCUUAUAUUCAAGGAAAAGGUCCAGAUCGAUUGAAAUACCUUGAUCUAGAAGGAAGAUGGGUCUUAAGUGGAAAAAGCAUGCCUUACAUCUCGGCCGCAUUCAACCAUCUGGAACGUCUGAAUGACGCUCGUGUACCUUUUGGGGAUAUUACUGAAGAACCAAUCAAUGCUCUGGGAAUGGUCGGAUGGACUCCAUCUUCACAGCCAGCAAAAGUACCAGAGAAGAGGCCAGCAGCGACAUUCAAGACUCCCAUAGCUGUGGUACUGGAUGAUGACGUGCCGCCAAGUCCACGUGAAGUUCUACCACAUCGUAGUGCUGGAUACGGUCUCGCUCAUCAGAAACGAAAACUACAUAUUCCGGAUCGUAGCCGUAGUGUGUCGCCAUUGCGUGCAGAGUCGCCAUUGCAAUCGUACGACAAAUACGCUAAGUAUGAACGCAACAGAACAGGUGAUCGAGGCUACAACCAAUUUGACGUUGAAAAGCCCGGCUGGUGUGGUUUGAUAUGGUACUUGGCCGAAGAAAAACUCACACUCAUUCGAGUCGAAGAAACCGAAUACUAUAUAGAUUGA